ACGUCACGGCGGCGGGGUACUGGGGGGCGCGCGCGCGCACCGCCGUGUUUACUCGCCGCCGCGCCGCGCUCGGGGGAGGUUGCCUCUCAGCCUGGAAAUUAAUACCUCGUGCUCAUGCGGUGAUCGCUGUCAGCUGCACAGGGAAGACGAGCGACUCCUCUGUGUCCUGCUCGCCCCCAAAAGCGUGAAGCGGCCAGCCGGCAACAAGCGGCACGAUUAAAGUGGAAGUGGAGGAUUCCUUGGUCGCCGCGACCACCCCCUCCCCCUCCUCCUCCUCCUCCUCCUCCCCUUCGGAGUGCGCCCGGCGGAGAGAAUGAGCCAUGAGGAGGGCGCCUUUGUGUGCAACGCGCCGGGCUGCGGGCAGCGCUUCGACAACGAGGGAUACCUGGCAAUCCACCAGCACAAGCACGAGAUGACGCUGAAGUUCACGGCUCCCCGCAGCGACUCGGUCAUCGUGUCUGACCAGACGCCAACACCCACGCGCUUCCUGAAGAACUGCGAGGAGGUGGGGCUCUUCAACGACCUCAACAGCCCCUACGAGCUGGACUUCAAGAAGGAGCAGGAUGAGGAGGAGAAGAAGCAUGCGCUGGACCUUCGGACCGCGCUUCCCGGCGAGGGCCGGCCCCGGGGGGACGAGGAAACGCGAAGGAGCCGGCCCCGCGGGAGCCCCUCCUCGCACUCCGCCGAGAUCGAGCGGGUGAGGCCCUGGAGACACCCCACCCCCUGCACACCCUUCAUCCAGCAGUGGAUAAGCCCCUUCCACUCCUCCGAGUACGAGCGGGUGAGACCACGGAGACACCCUCCCUCGCACCCCACCCCCUGCACACCCUUCAUCCAGCAGUGGAUGAGCCCGGCACGCUACUGGGAAGACGAUCUGGACUCGUCGUCCGCUGCCACCCCGCUGGCGCGCCCGGCCACCCUCCCGCUGGGCCGCCCCGGCGCCCGCCCCUACUUCCUGACGGGUCACAGCCCCGGCAUGCUGGUGCAGCAGGCACUGCCCUCGCCCACCUCGCCCUCCGUCAUCACCCAGGCGCCCUCCUCUCACCGCCACCUGGCGGCCCUGCCUGGACCGCUGCCCCUCUUCCUGCACCUGCCCAACGGGCAGACGAUGCCCCUGGGUGCCGUGACCAGCCCCACCAUGCCCAUCCCCACUGCCCUCUCCAUGCCCCUUAGCACGAUCCCCAGCCCCGUGGGGAUGAUCCCCAGCCCCGUGGGGAUGAUUCCCAGCCCCGUGGGGAUGAUCCCGCACAUUCCCGGAAUUCCGGGACCGCACAUGUUCAGCCACGGGCUGCCGCCGCCUCCUCCGGCACAGCUGCCCUCGCCCUCCGAGUCACGCAUGCGGCUGAAGCAGAUCCUGGCGCAGCAGGCGAGUUCGCUGCACGAGCUGCACGAGCUGCACGGCCUGGGCCUGGGCGGGGGGGGCGGCUGCGGAGGUGGCGCCCGCCCGGUUUCGCGCGACAGCCUCCCCUCCCCCCACGAGCGCCAGCUCAAGGAGGAGGGCUCGUCACGACGCGCCGAGUCGAGGCCCUGGGAGUCGCCCUACCACGAGAUGAACGUCAAAAUGGAGUCUCCGGUCGACGACGGUGGUCACGGUCCCCCCAGCUUCGGUGGCCUCACCAGCGCCAGCAGCGACGGCGGAGGCGGCGGCGGAGGCGGCGGAGGCGGCGGAGGCGGCGGCGUCCGCCGGCGCCGCUCGUCGGUGGAGGACCCGGAGGAGCGCCGGCGCCGGUUCCUGGAGCGCAACCGGGCGGCCGCCACGCGGUGCCGCCUCAAGCGCAAGGCGUGGGUCCACUCGCUCGAGCGCAAGGCCGAGGACCUCGCCGACUCCAACGUGCAGCUGCAGGCGGAGGUGACGCUGCUGCGGAGUGAGGUGGCUCAACUGAAGCAGCUGCUGCUGGCGCACAAGGACUGCCCCGUCACUGCCAUGCAGAUCAAGCAGGGCUACCUGCGUGGCAGUGCCCCCAGCGAGCCGGCAGCCAGCGCCCCCCUUCACGGACGCUCCGCCCCGCCGGCGCCACCGCCGCCGCCGCGCCACCGCGCCCCGCCAAGCCCCGACAGUGAUUUCAACGACGGCGUGGCGUCUCCCGUCGCAGCAGCAGCAGCAGCCAGGCCGGCGGCGGCGACGGCCGGAGCCAGCGGGGGCAGCAGUGGGCAGGGGUCAUCGCUGGCCACCCAACAACAACAACAACAGCAGCAACAGCAGCAGCAACAGCAGCAGCAACAGCAGCAGCAGCAUGUCAUCGUCGGUCCUCCUAGGGCACAGCCCGUGAGCAGAUGAGCGAGUGAGAGAGAGAGCAGUGCGAUUGUUAUCGUGGGGGUUUUUUUUUAAAGUAUAUAUAUACAUACAGUACAUUUAUAUACGUAUAUAAAUAAUAUCGUGUAAUUUUUAUUUUUUUUCUUCUUUUAAACGUGGUUAUCAUUUUUUUUUUCAUCGCCCGGAUGUUCUCCACUGCCUCCUCCGGACACCCGCGGCGAGAAGGCGCACCGGUCGAGGCGUCCGCAGACGUGCCUGGUUUUUCCCACCAAUCGUUUAGCCGACCCCCCACAGAUGCUGCCCAAAAUGUGCCUGUUAAGUUGUGACCUGCUACAGGACACCGCGGUGUGUAGGAAACGCGCAAGCUAACGAGCAACAACAACAACAACAACAAAUUACUUGCGCAAAACCCAAGGCAGACUUUACCGCAUACGGGAUAAACAAACGACGGUGCUCGGCGCACGAUUUACAACGGCAGCGGUCGACAAAUCCCGUCGCGGACAACCGCGUGCGAGUGGACCGCGUUGCACGGCCUUGCGACGUGGCGGAGCCUGGCUAUGGCUUUGGCAGCGAGGGCGGCAGUGGCGAAUCACGCAGGGGUUGGCAUCCUCCCAGUGUACCGUGUAUAAUCCCAUACCUGUCAACCCCUUGUCACAGACCAAUUCAGACAUUGUUGCUCAUCCCCGUGCCUUGAGAAAUCUCAAAGUUUCAUCCUACAGAGUCCCCAUCACAGGGGAGAAACACAGAGAAAUAGACACUUGUUUAAUAUUUCCUGCCCUGUAUUGGAACUCAAUUUUCCCUGCACACGAGCACGGAGGUAACCCGUGAUUGGUUGACGGCUGUGACGUUGUACAGAGGUGGCGGCGUCGCCCGUGGUUACGCGCGCCAAAUGUCGACCGCAUUUUCACGGCCACGUGGUUCCACGGACAUUGACACCGACGGGACGACCGCUGCACCCUGACCUAGGCUGGCGCGGCCUCGGGUGAGUCUCGCCCGGCGGCGGCGGGCGGCUCACGCCCUCGAAUCUGGUGGCCGCCAAAUCUCCCCGGCACCGACCCGGCGGCGCUCGCCAGCAGCGCUCCGGCCGCCGCGCUCGUUUCCGUGCGGUACGCGCGAGGCGUGUACGCUAGGCGUGUACGCGAGGCGUGUACGCUAGGCGUGUACGCGAGGCGUGUACGCGAGGCGUGUACGCUAGGCGUGUACGCUAGGCGUGUACGCUAGGCGUGUACGCGAGGCGUGUACGCUAGGCGUGUACGCUAGGCGUGUACGCUAGGCGUGUACGCUAGGCGUGUACGCUAGGCGUGUACGCGAGGCGUGUACGCGAGGCGUGUACUCUAGGCGUGUACGCUAGGCGUGUACGCUAGGCGUGUACGCUAGGCGUGUACGCUAGGCGUGUACGCGAGGCGUGUACGCGAGGCGUGUACGCGAGGCGUGUACGCUAGGCGUGUACGCUAGGCGUGUACGCGAGGCGUGUACGCUAGGCGUGUACGCUAGGCGUGUACGCGAGGCGUGUACGCUAGGCGUGUACGCUAGGCGUGUACGCUAGGCGUGUACGCGAGGCGUGUACGCUAGGCGUGUACGCGAGGCGUGUACGCUGGGCGUGUACGCUGGGCGUGUACGCUGGGCGUGUACGCGAGGCGUGUACGCGAGGCGUGCGCGUUACAUACGCGGCGAUCGCGCGAAGUACAUUACUCGUGCACGUGACGUGUGUGCACGUGACGUGUGUGCACGUGACGUGUGCACGUGUCACGUGCACACAUUACGCGCGUGCACGUUAGUCGUGCGCAGCGCAUGCAAAGUAACAAACGCUUCGUUUAUUUUCUAAUGUAGGUACAUCUUCCACCAAAUGCUGUCUUCCUGUGCGUAAAAGCGAGAUUUUGAACGAGGGGUUAGUUAUUUUUUUUAUCGUUGCAAUUUGUGCUCACUCAUGACGUUACGUUACGUACGCACGCACGCACACACGUACGCGUGCGUGUGUGCGUGUGUGCGUGUGUGUGUGUGCGGCGGCUGGCGGGGAGCGGUGGGUUGGCGGUGUGAGCCGGCCGUCGCGAGUGCCGGUGUGUGAGCCCCUCCCCUACUCCCCUACUCCCCUCGCUCGAGAGCUCCCCCUGCCCCCCCCCGCCCCCCCCGCCCCCCAUCGCCACUAAAGCCUUCAGAAUCGGAAUCUUUGUAAAGGCGUGUGUGCGCGCUCGGAGAACAUAAAGAUUGUUUUGGGUUAGCUCACGUAAUUAUAAAUGUUUCAUUCAACCCGGCCCACCACCCGACACAGCCAAUUAGUAGGAUUUGUCAUCACGUAAACAACACGUGACAAUAAUGUUUCAGUAAGCUUUGUCACGUCAACAAAACACGGCGAUAAUGUUUUUGUUUUCGUGAUAAACUUUACUAAUUGGCUGUGCCGGGUGGUGGCGGGAUUCAACGACACAUUUAUACAUUCGCUCGAUCUAACCCCAAACAAAACCAAAAAAACUUCCUAUGGAUAUUGGUUCCGAAAGCACGACUGCUACUACUACUACUACUACCACCACUACCACGUGUUACCCACAAUCCUCUCUUGUUGCACCUCCUCCUCGGGUCUCCCAAAGUACGGUGCGGAAGAAGUACGGCACGUACGCUGCGUUGUCACCGCGGGUUUUUCUUUUUUAAAUACCGCGUGCACGAACGCUUUUUCCUUCGGCUCGUCCUUUCCCCAAACGCGCACCGACUUGUCGGAAAGGUUUCGCCGGGAGCGACAAUGUCUCGUACAGUACCGACGCCCCGGCUGACUUUCUCUCCCGUUGCUGAACUCGAAGCGGGAUUCCUCCUCUGCACGGCAAACCCUUACGGUGCAGUGUGGGGGGGGAGGGGGGGAGCGGCAGUGGAAGUCGAGGGUUACUGAGCCGCUGGGCUUGAGGAUCCUGCACCAGGAACCACGUCGCGGGUUACCUGUAGCAGCAGGGCAGUCCAGGAGAAGGGUAGGUUUCUGACACGCGGUUCGUUCGACCCAGGGGUUAAACUCUUACAGUUCCCUCUUUAGCCUGGUGGUGGGGUUUCCCCCCGGUGGGGGGGGGGGGGGGGGCAUAGCGAGGCAGGCGAUUUCCGUCGUUACAUUUCACUCGUUACAUUUCACCACUCGUCCAUCCCGUUGCCACCGAGAAUUCGGCAGGGCGCGGCCCACGUAGCCCGUGUAUAACACGUGGGGUGCACGCAGGGGUUCAGUGCGCAUUGUGGAUGCCCAUGCAAGCAACCGUCCAGGCUGAAACCCGCUUAGCUUCUUGCGGUUGCUUGGGCCGUUGCAUGCCCGCAGGGGGGUCACCUCCGCAUGUAUUGCGAUUGCAAGUGAUUUCUUUUUUUAUUGAUAUAUAAAUACAUUUAAACGUGUCCUUAGUUAUUCACUGCCACGGGUUUUGACUGUCUGCGUGGGUGCGUGCGUGCGUUUAUUUGGGGGCCGAAAUUGGGGGGGGGGGGCGCAGACCCCCGGCCAAUGCAGAGAUCCGCAGAGCCCGCGGGAGUCGGGGGCAGGGGCGGGGGAGGGUGGGUCGAGCUGAUCAGCUCCUGAGUACCUCGUAAGCCAACUUGACUCGUUCAGGUGAGUCACGUACAGGGGGGGGGGGAGGUAGGGGGAGGUCUGGGUACUACCCCGGCACACCGCGUCCGGUUUGCUUGUCGCUAACUGCUUGGCGUACCACCUAGUCGAGACUUCCCCGGACAUUACUCCCGCGCCCGGCACACUACAAUCCAGGUAUCGACCUCUCGCCCUCUUCUGGCUGUGCCCCGCAAGGACACGUGCCGAGCCACGUGGCGAUCCGGAGAAUAUUCAUGGGGGGGGGGGGGUGGUGGACCUCAAGACCUGGUUUUAUACAUAUAUACACACGUGAAUAUAUUAUAUUGAUGUUAUUUUUGUAAUUAACAUUUCUCGGAAGUUAGGGCAUCCCCCGAUUCUAAGUUUGCACGGAGCUUUUUAUUUUAUUUCCUAACGUAGGCGCACGUACGACAAACGCGUUUUUUAUUCGUGGAAAAAUUAAGAAUAGGGGUUUAGCCGGCUCCACGGCCUAGACUCGCCAGUGUCGGACUAGUUUCAAAGACAUAUUAUCAGAGAAUGUUUGUUUGCAUGUUCGCAAGCAUCGUGUGGUUAAUGCAGUACUUGAGUCCUUGCAAGAUGUUUCAGUUGGGUGUUUGGACAUCUUAACACCUGUUAUAUCGCCAGAAAGGGUUAAAACGUAUUUUUUGUUAAUACUUCGAUACUGCCAAAAAGGUAUCCCGUGGUGUGGCUGCUCACCCGAGCCACAAAUGUUCUGAUACGUGCAUUGUCGUUGUACUGUUUGCCAUUGUCUGGUCUGACACGGGUGAGACUAGGUCAUCAAGAAGGGCUGCUGUCUCUGUGUCAAAGGCAAUGCGUAUAUUGUGAGAGUUUGCAUGUUCAACACAACUACUGUGUGUGUGGUGAAUGCAGUAACUUGAUUCCUUGCAAAAUGUUUCUGUUGUUUGGUGUUUGAACAUCUAAAUACAACUCCCGUUCUAUUUGCCAGAAAGGGUUCAAAACCUACUGCUAUUUUUGAUACUUUGAGACUGCCAAACAAGAUUUCUCCCCCCCCCCAUGAUGCGUUUUUUAUUUGAGUGCCUUCAUCCGUCGUCUGCACGGCGAGAGAUGCAGCCUCAGUUUGGUAGAGACAACAAAUACUGAGAGAACUCUCGCCACCCUUCCACCCCGGACCGGGUUGCUCACGCCCGGUGUGUUAAUUGUUUAAUUGGAUUGCGGAGGCUAUGGCGGAGACGGUGGUGGCUAUGCAUGCGCACGUGGCCUGCGAUGCAGCAGAUUUGGAGUUUGCCAGGGUUGGUGGAUAGCGCUCGUGUAGUCGAAACUCCCUUCCCCGUGCGCGUCGAUGAUGUGCCGACAUUAUGCCCAGGCUCGACCGGGAGAAGGCGGCACAGCGAAAAACGUGGACUUCAACCGGUUCCCGUCUCUACGGGAUCGAGUGUUGCCCCCUCUCGCACGCGUGGGUUUUUCUUCAGGCGCUCCGCGAUCUUCCCGCGCGUGUACAGACAGCUUGUUAAAUGGCUGAUAACGUGCGCAUCUAGAGGUCUGCCAGAGCUUGGGAAAUUGUUGGUCGCAUCGGCUCCUCAACCACGUGACUGCUGCUGCCCCAUUAAUUCGUGCAUCGGUGGUGUACAUAAACGCAUGUUUUUUUUUUACUAAACACAACAAAACAAGGGAUUUACUAAAAAAUAUAUAUAUAUAAUGGUUCGUACAAAGAGAAGAAUCCGAGUGGGAUCCGGCAGAGCGGAGGGCAGCGUCGGUGGAUGCGGCGACCUUUGACCCGUGGUGAGAUCUUGCGACCUCGUGCGCGCGUCCUGCUGAAAUUUGAGAUACGAGCGAUGAUGAUGAUGAUGUCGUUGGUUAAUUUUGAAGCGCGCGCGUGUGAAGGCUUUUGCGACCAAUGUGACGGGUCUGGUAAUCGAUUUGUCCCGGUGGGGGUAAGAUGUGCGAGUUUGUACCGUAUGUAUGUUGAGGCUUCUUUGGUUGCACCCUGCACGGCCAACCGCGCUCGCAGCAAUGUGCCGACAUGCGCCCUCAGCCACCCGGCACGCGACCGAAUUCACAAAUAAAGUACCGCUGCCGGGGCGAUGGACAGACACUGCCAAUGUAUUACCGACUCGGCACCACCGCAAUGAUGGCUAGCUAUACAUACAUACACACGCACGCACGCACACGCACGUGGAAAGAUUAGGGUACGGGCAUUUCGCUGGUAGCUGCAACCGGCAUCAUCGGGACAAUCCUGGAGAUCGAUCGAAUGGUGCUCGGUUUGUAACUACCCAGCGAAACCAAAGCGCUCGGUGCGUGUUUGUGUGUGCGUGAGGGAACGCUCCGAGCCCAGCGUUGCCAGCCGGUGUGCCGAAGCAGUAACAACUUUGUCGGCGGGUACGUUCACUUGGGUCGUGGCGGAGGGUGGCGGAGGGUUGCACGACACGCAUUCUUCGACUCGCCCAACAAAUCGAUUUCGAAUCAAUUAUUUCUGUCGGGUCGUCAUCAUUUAGUCUCUUCCCCUUCCAUUCAUAUUUUUGUAAAAAAAAAAAAAUACAUCGCUGUUUUUUUAAUUCGCAAAUACCUGUCCUUUUUUUUUAUAUAUACACACGACAAAAGAGGAAUUCCUACACGCACACACACACACAUAUAUUUGAUGCUGCCAAGUGAUCUUUCUUUAGCUGAUGUAUUUUUUUUUUAAACCAUGCUGAUUUUUUUGAGUGCAAGUGUGCAACCUGAUAGUUGAUGGUGGUGGUGGUGGUGACGAUGAAUACUAACUACUUAAGAACCCGUCACGAAGCGCAAUGAAGUCCAUAACAGGGCCGAAACUAUAUUUUGUGAUUUACAGAUACUAUGCCAAUUGUUCGUAAAUAAAUAUCAAAGACGUAGGUGA